UAUAGUAGUGAUCGGUGCUUUUAGGAGAACCUGGAAGGAGCACCUAUAUGGGGACUAUAGCGUGCCUAUAGCUUGCCUAUACAUCAUCGAAUGAUUGGACAACUGCACCAAGGGUAAAUGAAACUGAAAGCGGCUGCUGUGUGUAUCCAUAUGAGCCACAUACAGUUCAGGUGACACCAGAAGUGUGCAGAUAUCCCCUCUUCGGCAUUGGAAGUCCUGAAGCUGCUCUGAAACAAUAUGUGGCGUCUCUGCGCUGUGCUGCUGCUCCCCCUGGUGGCCGUCAGGGGUCAAGCUGAUACUCAUCUGCUAACAGAGGUCCUCUUCUGCCAGCCCGAUGCCCCUGUUUCCGGCCUGCUAAAAAUGUUUGACGACGAUCUGAUGUUCACCUACAAUUUUUCUGAUGGCUCGACAGCCCCGCGCAUGGCAGAUUUUAACAAGUGGGCUGGCAGCACUUUUCCCAACCGCAGCACCAUAUCAAAAAGUUUAAAACUAUGUAAAGACUUUCUGAACAAUUCCACCAACAAGUUAGAAGACUUCACCCCAGAGGCUAAAGCUAACACAGAAGUGAGGGUUUUUACCGCACGACCCCUCACCAUGGGUGAACCCAACACACUCAUCUGUUUUGUUAGCAAUGUCUUCCCUCCUGUGGUAACCAUCACCUGGACCAAGAAGGGCGAGGAGGUGACAGAAGGCGUGAGAGUCACGGGUUACUCCGCAGCCUUGGACCAGACCUACCAGGUCUUCUCCUACCUCAACUUCACUCCUCACCAUCAAGAUGAGUUCUCCUGCAUGGUGCACACGGCUGAAGGGAAUUACACCACUGUUGGGUUUUGGGUUCCAAUGUACCCCGUCCCAUCUGACUUAUUAGAGAACGUGUUGUGUGGCCUGGCCUUGGCUCUCGGGAUCCUGUGCCUCACGGUAGGCGUAGCGUUCCUCACCCUGGCCAGGAAGCAGAGAAACAACGUAACUGAUGACGAGAACCGUUCUGCUUUCCCAUUGGCUGGCGGGAGCGGUACUUUUAGCGGAACAGUUCCUGAUUUUUGUAGUACAGCCGAGAUGAGGGGGACGCGGCCGCUGCUGUUACUGUACAUCUAUAUAAUCAUCUAUAUACUCUCCUCCGUAACAGGGUUCGUGGUUGACGAGAAAGCAUACUGCAGCUUUGGGGACGAGAAAGAAGGGGAUGUUACUUUUGAAUACGGGCUGAGCUUUAACCGGAUGCUCAUGGCGAGCUUCUCCAAGACAGACGGGAGGUUUUUUCCGUGUCAAAACUGCCCGAGAGAAAUGAGCGAGCUGGCUGUAGAACUUUGUGCCGAACUAAACAGCGAAUACAUGGUGACGCUCAUGAAGGAGAAAGAGGACAAGUGUAAGAAGGAUGCGGUGGAGUAUUGGGAAAACACGGUAGAGAGAACAGCUAAGCCAUCCAUGAAGGUCUUUCUGGCUGAGCCUGUGCACGACAGGACCCAGAACACACUGGUUUGCCAUGUUUGGGGAUUUUAUCCCAGUUCCAUCUCUGUGACCUGGUUGAAGAAUGAUGACACUAUAACGAGCAACAACACAGACGCCAUCCCCAGGGGGGACUGGACGUAUCAGAUCGUGGCCCUACAAGACCUGAGAGAUGCGCUGCCUGAUGACAAGUACACAUGCGUUGUGGAGCAUUCAUCCCUGGAGAACGUUGUCAUGGACAUGAGUUGGAAACAAGGAUUAACGUCCGCUCAAAUCAUUAAGAUCAGCGUGGCUACUGUAGUUUUCUGCGCAGGAAUAAUAUUCGCCUUGGUGGGAUUUUGGUGCUGGAAGAAUUCCAAGAGAAGUGGAUACACUCCACUCCCUGGAUACAACAAUGAGGACUAACGCUUUCCUCGGUAGGAGUUCUUACAGCU